UUCCCGCGUAAUUUGACGCAUACAAUCGUAUCGAUGGAAACUCACGGUAAAAAAAAAAAGUCAGCUUGCUUACAGUUUGAAGCGCUUUGAUGGGUUCCGUAGAGGUUUGCUGCGAAGUUUUAUAAAGUGCUCAUUUUUUCGGAAUCACUGAGGCAAACACCAUCUUUAGAACUCUUUGAACAUAGCUGAUAAGUGCUGAAAGAAACUGGAGGAAAUCUGGGUCGAUAUUCAUCAGCCUGUCGGAAACCCAAGAUGGCGGUACAUUUACAUCAGCUGAAUCAAAUACAGGAUUCCCUUAUUCAGGAGUUGUCGAAACUGGAGAGCUUUGGAGAAUCUACUAGGCAGGACUGCUAUUGCCUUCAUAAAGUCUACUUUGAGAGUUUGAUUGACCAGCACUCUACAUACGGGGAUCUGCUUUCCAGGAUAAAGGCAGAGUAUGAAGAUUGUAUAGCUGCAAUAGAGAGAGGUCAGAGAGAAGCAAUGCACUUGUCAGGAAAGUUAGCAGCAACUUUUAUGGAACAUCAGACAUUUAGGAACAUUAAGGCCCGUGCAGAUGAACUAAAUCUGAAAGUUGCAUUGCUUAGAAUGCAGAAUCACAGAUUGUCAUCCAGACAGAUCAGGUCACCCAACGAUCGGUAUUCAUUCAGCUGUAUGUCUACAGGUUCCCUUUCGAGUUGGAAUCAUUCUCACUCUGCACGUUCGCGGUUUUUUCCAAGUUGGACCGUAGAAAAAUUGACAGACGUAGCAUUUCUGACCAAAAAAUUGGCUGAAUUGAAAUCGCAAGUUGCCUUGGCGAAACUCGAAAACGAUACCAAAUUCGUCCCCAAACCAAUGAAAGGUGAACUUUUGAAUCGUCUUCAAGAAAAAGAGGAAAUCAAAGACGAACUUUUGAAAAGACUCGAGGAGCUAAAGGAAAAGAUAAUCUCGCUGAAAUUUUGUCUCGCUUUGGAGACUGUCUUUUUUUCGAUAGAAAGAAAGUACAAAUACACAAAUAAGAUUGCUUUUUCAACGUAA